CCGUCGCCACCGCCCCCUGAGGCGUCGCUGGAGUACAGCGACGGUCUGGCUUCGCUCGUUGUGCCCCAUGCGUCCCCGCCGGGCUUCUCCUCUGGGAAACUGCUCCCUUCGUCCCCAGCCUAACGCCGGUGGCGGCGUCAGGAGCGGCCUCGCCGCCCUGGGGGGAAGUUUGGUGCUGGCCGGGGGCCGGUGCGGGAGAGUCGGGCUGAGCUGCUGACGGCUGGGCGCGGCGUACGGGCCGGCGCUGUGCCCGCCCUGUGCCUGCCUUUGGCCGACCUCCACGCUGCCCUGGUGUCGCUGCUGCGUCUGGGGCCUUGCGGGAGGGGGCCCGGGGCGACUGCUGGGUUGGGGUGGAAAGCUGCCCGGCGGAGAGGACCUGAGGGUGUUUGUCGACAGCCGGCUUAACAUGAGCGAGCAGUGUGCCUAGGAAGCAUUCAUCAUUAAUUAAAAUGUCUUCUACCAAACCUCCAAAUGAAAAUGAAACAGCCAAAGAGAGAAAACCAGGACUGAGGAAUGUUCAAACAACUAUGCUCUUCCGAGCUGUGAACCCAGAGCUUUUUAUUAAACCUAACAAACCUGUGAUGGCAUUUGGACUUGUAGCAGUUACCCUCUGUGUGGCCUACCUUGGUUAUUUGCAUGCAACGGUAGAGAAUAAAAAGGACCUUUAUGAAGCCAUCGACAGUGAGGGGUCCAGGUACAUGAGGAGGAAAACAUCCAAGUGGGACUGACAGCGUAAGGAAGGAAAUCAGCAAAUCAGUCACAAAAUUUUUCAAGGCAACUACUGUUUUUUUCUCUGUCCAUUGAAAUAAUGGAUAAAUAUCUCUCUUGCCUUUUAAUGUAAUUUAAGUUCCUUUGUAAAAUGCUGUGCCUGUACAAAUAAAUUGCAAUUAAGGUAUAUGUGAACAUAAAA